GCUUUCUCCCCAGGUGCUCCCAAGACCCAGUGACCGGGCAGGUGCUCUCAGAGCUCUUUACCAACAGAAAGGAGAACAUUGAUCUCAAGUUUUCUGAAGACUGUCUUUACCUAAAUAUUUACACUCCCGCUGACUUGACGAAACAAAGCAGGCUGCCAGUGAUGGUGUGGAUCCACGGAGGUGGUCUGAUGGUGGGCGGGGCAUCAACUUACGAUGGGCUGGCCCUGUCUGCCCAUGAAAACGUGGUGGUGGUGACCAUUCAGUACCGCUUGGGCAUCUGGGGAUUCUUCAGCACUGGGGAUGAACACAGCCGGGGUAACUGGGGUCACUUGGACCAGGUGGCUGCACUGCACUGGGUCCAGGAGAACAUUGCCAACUUUGGAGGGAACCCUGGCUCUGUGACCAUCUUCGGAGAGUCUGCAGGAAGUGAAAGUGUCUCUGUUCUCGUGUUGUCUCCCCUGGCCAAGAACCUCUUCCAUCGGGCUAUCUCUGAGAGUGGCAUGGUCAUCAGUCCUGUACUGUACAGGCGCAGUACAAAGGACAUAGCUCAGCAAAUUGCUUUCUUUGCUGGGUGUAAAACUACCACCUCAGCUGCCAUUGUUCACUGCCUGCGCCAGAAGACGGAGGAUGAGCUCCUGGAGACGUCACUGAAGAUGAAAUUCUUCUCUGUUGAUUUUCUUGGAGACCCCAGAGAGAGCUGCCUCCUCCUGCCCACGGUGGUUGACGGUGUGCUGCUCCCAAAGACGCCGGAGGAGCUUCUGGCCGAGAAGAAAUUCAACGCCAUUCCCUACAUCAUCGGCAUCAACAAGCAAGAGUUUGGCUGGCUUCUUCCCACGCUAAUGGGCUACCCGCUCUCCGAAGACAAGCUGGACCAGGACACAGCCGCAUCCCUCCUGUGGAACUCUUACCCCCUUGUUAACAUCCCUAAGGAGCUCAUUCCAGUGGCCAUUGAGAAGUAUUUAGGAAGGACAGAUGACCCUGUCAAAAAGAAAGACCUGUUCCUGGACUUGAUGGGAGAUGGGAUAUUUGGUGUCCCAUCUGUGAUUGUGGCCCGUUUCUGCAGAGAUGCUGGACUCCCCACCUACAUGUAUGAGUUCCAGUAUCGCCCAAGCUUCUCAUCAGACAUAAAACCUGAGAAGGUGACAGGGGACCAUGGGGAUGAACUCUUCUCAGUCUUCGGGGCCCUGUUUUUGAAAGGGAAUGUGUCAGAAGAGGAGACCAAACUGAGUAAGACGGUGAUGAAAUUGUGGGCCAACUUUGCUCGGAAUGGGAACCCCAAUGGGGAAGGACUGCCCCACUGGCCGGUGUAUGACCAGAAUGAAGGGUACCUGCAGAUUGGCGUCCCCAUUCAGGCAGCCCAGAAGCUCAAAGAUGAGGAAGUGGCUUUCUGGACGGAUCUCCGGGCCAAGUCAUCAGCGAGGGAGCCACUCCAGACAGAACACAUUGAGCUGUGAAUGAGCCGCCCAGCCAGAUUUGGGGGCCCAGGGGAGCCCAGAUAGGGGCACUCUCCAGAAGGUGUUUAUGCCCCAAAGGGGCAUUUUAUUCUAGAGGCUGGGAGAUUGUCUGGUAGAG